AUGGAGGGUGACCAGUGCCAGACAGAGUGCUCAUUGCAAUGGACCGAAUCCGACCUCAUCAUUCGAGCGAAACGGGCUGAGAAAGAAGCUGAAGUUGAGGCCAGUGGCGAGAAGGUCGUUGAGGGAAGCGGGGAAUCGAACGAUGAGGGAAGCGGUGAAGGAAGCGGCGAGGCGGCUCAGGAAGAGAAAGAAGCAGAGGCCUCUGGUGAAGGAUCUGGAGAAGCUGAAGCUUCUGGUGAGGGAUCAGGAGUCGAAAGUAGUGGCGAAAAGGAAGCUAACAAGUCAGAAGAGGAGGAGAAAGAGAAGAAGGGAGAGAAAGCCGUUUUAGUGGCUGCCCUCUAA